UCCCUGUUAGUUAUCUUAAUGAUGCUUUAAUAAGAGACUGUUUUACAACGAGGAUGGCUUCUUUUCCUUGUCUUACACAUUAUUAAAAUCAAUAAAUAGAUAAUAGUUAACAUUACUAAGGGUAAUUUAUUUGACAGAAUGUAUACCAGGAAAUAUAUUUUUAAAAAGACAGUUGAACCUGCUGUUUUGAUUAUUGAACUAUAGAAGGGAUCCCAUUUAAAGUUGUGCUUAUCCUUCUGUAUUUGUGUAGCAAUGUGAGAAAAUACUGCAUAUUCACAACUAAUAUUCAUGACUACAGCUUGAUUAACAAUGUAUUUUUGCAGAGAUUUUAGAAAUAACAAUAUCUCAUCAAUCGACACUGAAGACUGGAAUUUGUACUCUGGGGGUACAUCAUUAAAUCUGGCAAACAACUCAUUGGAAAACUUGCCUUGGAACGCAUUUGUCGGAUUACCUAAUCUCAGGCAUUUGGACGUCUCCAUGAACAAAAUAGAAGAGAUUAACAGUUCUGUAUUCGAAACGACGCCUUCUCUGCAUGAAAUAAAUCUUUCUUACAACAAUAUUUCUGUCUUACCCGAGAAUCUGUUUGAGAGGUGGCAUGGAUUUUUGUUUCUCAAAUGUUUGAACUUCAGUUACAAUCCAAUGUCAAAAGUAAAAUUUACUGUAUUUAAAAAAUUACCUGCUCUGGAAACACUUGAUUUGAGUGGAACAAGAUUUCUAGAUAUGAAUGUUCAAUCAUUUGUCGCAACACAGCCAUACAUGACAGACUUAUUUUUGCCUGUUCAUAUUGUGUGCUGUACAUGUAACAGUACCAACUCCACUACAACAAUCCACAAAGCAGUUAAGCGCAUGUGUGAUCAGGUUUGCAGAGAUACACAUAUCUCAUGUGGAGCGUUGGACAAUACGACACUGUAUGGGUAUGACGGGACGACACCGGAUAAAUACACAAAUUUGAGUUCAUCUUUCAGUAGAACAAAGAAGCUUAAUUGGGCUGAUGAACUCGACAUGCAGAAGCUCAAUCUUCUACGCGCUUUGAUUGCAAAACAAAUUCAAGAGCGGGAAAAUAUAUCAGAGGAACAAGCAUCAGGCAACAUGCUUAGUACGGCUUCUCGGGAAAACAAAGUCCAAAAACAAACACAGGAAACUACGACGACACAGGCUGCAACGACACAGGCUGCAACAACUCAGAUGACUGCAGAGUCUAAAAAGAUAAUGGUACCUGCGUUAAAACAGGAAAUAGACCUGGGAAAAACACCCGAUGUUGGAUCUAAAAUUACUGUUGUAUUGGUGAAUGGUAGUGAAGGAGAGAACUUUAAGUCAAACAAAUUAUUCCCAGGUGCUUCUCAUAAAAGAAGACUGCAAAGGAAGGUUAAUGAUGAAAUAAAAACAGCGUUUGUAUUUAUUAAUAAUACAAAGGGGGAGUUCAUGCCUCUUGCAGAAAUGUUUCCCGAUGAGAAUUCGCAACAGGGCAGUAAUGCAUCCAAAGACAUGACUGUCAAACCGAAUGUCUCAAUUUUGUUGUUGGAUACGAGACAAAAUACAACAAGUCAACUGGUAUAUAGUAGAGAUAGGUCAGGUUCUCCAGACUGGUCAAAUCUGAAAACAAAUAUGUCAUCUGUUAAGGUAGACACAGACCAUGCUCUACCCUUAAUAGAGGGAGCUUCAGAUAGUUUACCACCAGUGAAAAAUCGGGCCAUGGACAUUAUUGCACCUGUGAUUGAAAAGCCAUCCAGAACAAAACUUCAGUUCAACCCAUAUGAGUCGGACCUUCCUAAGGCUGAUAUUAAUACAAUCGCAGUAUAUCCUAGUGACACCAAUGAUGGCAUCAACACGAUGGAUAACAACAUUACACCUAACAAGAGCUAUUCCCACUCUCUGACGAAUUACACUAGUAGUUCAUCCGAACAAACUUCUACCGCUGCCAUUACUGCUACAACAGAACAUUCUCUUACAACUGUUGACGAGUUAUCCGUUUUUAUAUCGAGAGUCAAUACUUCUCAUAGGAAUGAAUCAUUUGUUGCUGACCUGUUAAAACUCAUUGAUGAAAUACAAAUUAUCGUGCUGAACAAAACUGUCUUGGUAUCUAUUUUGAAGCUCAUUGAAGAAGAUUGCCUGCACCCUAAUCAAGAUGUUGCUUGUGAGGAAGGAGUUUCAAACAUCAAUAUGCUUAUAGAACAGGUGAUAGACAACAAAGAUAUGGAGGCUGAGAUGAAUCCAUCUCAAUAUAAACAUACAAGACUACUGGAGGCAAAAAAGAUUUCUGAUAGAAGCAAUCUAAUCUUGGCUAUUGCUGUCACCACUGCUGUAGUGAUCAUCAUUGCAUUAGUUUGUAUUAUGGAGAUCCUGUCUCAGAGAUCUCAGAAUCAAGAUGGGAAAACCCCAGGAGGUGGCCGGCCUCUGCAGAGAAUCUCACAAAUAUUUGCGCGAAAUUCUUCAGUUAAUCAGCAGUGUUCCGUUUAA